AUGGUUGAUCCAUUACCGUCUACAAGUCAAGCACAGCCCAGUAAGCCUUUUUCAGUGGACAUUAGAGAUUUUUUUGAAAGGAUAAUGAGACCCUGGCAUCUAACAUCCUGGAAUCAAGUUGAAGAGGCCAUAGAUCUUUUGCAGAAAAUGACCUAUACACACUAUGUAGUUAGAGAAAGCAAAUUAAAUAAAGAAGAGCCUGGACUCCAUUACCACUAUGUUGUGUAUGUGUGCACUUUUGGCCACAAAAGAAAGCCUGAAGGUACUGGGCAAAGAGUUAAAGGAUCAAAAUUCACUGGCUGUAAAUCCAUGUUUAGAAUCAGAUAUGAGCAUAACAGAUAUAUAAUACCGGCUUCUAAAACAGUGCACAACCAUCCGUGCGACAGGGAAUAUUUAACAAACGACCCUUGGUCGAGAAAGCUCAACCAAGACCAGUUGCAAGUUCUAACCCCGAUGAUCACAGUUGGUUCAGAACCAAAUGAAAUAAUUAAAUAUGUUGAUGAAACCUUCAACAAAACCAUCACGUUCAACGAUUAUAAAAAUCUCCGACACAAAGUUGCUAAAAGUAAGUUUCCGUAUAGUUGA